AUGAAGACCCCCUCUGUCGCUGUUAUUGCAUGCCUUCUUUCGCCCUUGUUGGCCGCUGCUGUAGCAAUCCCGGAGUCUACAGAAAGAGCAGACAUUGAAGUUCGCACCGCUGAUCCCGCGCGAAUCGAGAAUGUUGAGAAUGUUGAGAAGCGAGCGGACUGUUGGAUUCGAGCCAACUGGUACAAUAACUGGCCAUCUGGCGGCUUCCGCCGAUAUGGUGUACGCCUUGAAGCCGGCCCAGACAACCGACGUCGGGAUCUUCUCAAUCUCUUCUGCGCUAUCCUUCAAGGUAACGGCAAGCCAAACAUCAACAACAAAGCUUGCUACUCUGAACCUGAUGGCUCCUUCAAAGCCGACAUCACGACAUUCGAGGGCUCGCACGGACAUGACCUGUACCUCGACUUUUUCCAGCAAAACUUCAAUGACUGGCGUGGGACAACGAACUGCGACGUCGACAACCGCAAUAUGUAG